GCAUUCGCAGACGACGACACAAGACCCUUCUGUAUUCUGGACGUUAUCGUGCAAUGAGACACCAUUAAAGAUACACAUUUAUCCAUGGCUAAUCUAGAGAAUAUUGACAAAGACAGUCAUGCAGGAACAGCUGGCAGACAUGCUAAUGUCUCCCAUACAAAUGUCACAUUUGACGGAAACCUGACCGUCUACGGACUCCAAGAAAGUAAAGCAAACUGCAGCCAUCAAUUUCCUACCGGGAACGCCGGAAAUUCCUUUGGAGAUGAAGUCGAUCCCAGCCUUUCCACGCUGACUAGGAUCUUAGGUGAUGUGCCUGCCAGGAAUGACUGCCUACCGGUCGCACCUACAGUGCUGCCGCCCACUGAAGAUGAAGAGACGAUUAAGCUGUCCGCCAUUAAGGAAGAGAUCUGGCGUGCUGUUGUCAUAUUUUUUUCUUUUGUCCUUGUGGGGUUUUCUUUCGCAUACCUGUAUCAAGCUCUUAAACGUCACAGCUGGAAGUGGCCGGUGACAUGGCUCUGGGAACGGAGGCAGCUCUAUGUUAGCCAGAGACAGAGCAGCUCACAUCACCUACCUACUCCCGACUUGUCCCUCGCAGACUCUUCUCUUAAUGACACCUCCACGUCAGAGAGCGACUCUGUGUUUGGUGUUGGAUCGGAGACUGCAUCAGCAUCAUCAUUGUCUCGAAAAUAAGCUUUGCUACGGACAGUGUAUAAAGCUAAAAUGGAAAUGCUUCACUUCGGCAACAGUGGCCAGCAGAUGAUUUCCAAUUCAACGUUAACCAUUCAUUUAAUGAUUUCACAGAAAUGAGGAUAUUUAAAUUGUCAGGGAUAUACAUAUUUUAUAAUACAGGCUAUAGUUAGGAGAACCUUGUAUACGGCGAAGAUAUACAAUGUUGCUAUGGUCAUCUUAUGUAUAAUACACAUACUGGCGUAAACCAGUCUUGGAGCCUAUAUCCCAUAUGUAUGACCAAAAACAAAAAAUCCCACUGAUAAUAACAUGUGGCUAACAUGAAUUCCCAUUAAACCCAAGUAAGGACAUUUUGUAUAAUUAUUAAAUAAAAUAAUCGUUGCGGGAUUUUUGUCAUAAUUAACAACUGUCCUAUAAAAUACAACUAUUGCACAAGCUAGUUU